AUGUCGUCCGGCGCAGGGAGAGAAGCCGUCUUUCCCACGCGGCAGGCGUUGGGUCAAAUGAACUCGAAGUUGAAGGGAGCUCAGACCGGCCACAGUCUAUUGAAAAGAAAGAGUGAGGCUCUGACAAAGCGGUUUCGGGAAAUCCUCAAGAGAAUCGACGAGGCGAAACGGAAGAUGGGCCGAGUCAUGCAGAUUGCGGCAUUCUCGCUCGCCGAAGUAUCAUACGCAGUGGGCGGAGACAUUGGUUACCAGAUCCAAGAAUCCGUCAAGACAGCCAGGUUCAGGAUCAAGACCAAGCAAGAGAAUGUCUCGGGUGUCUUUCUGCCUCAGUUUGAGGGGUAUACAAAGGACGAGAUCAAUGACUUUGGCCUGACGGGCUUGGGCAAGGGAGGGCAGCAAGUGCAGAGGUGUCGCGAGACCUACACCCGAGCAGUUGAGACGCUGGUGGAGCUGGCAAGCUUGCAGACGGCAUUCAUGAUUCUCGAUGAGGUCAUCAAAGUCGUGAACCGAAGAGUCAACGCCAUUGAACAUGUCAUCAUCCCCCGAACCGAAAACACUAUAAAAUACAUCAACUCCGAGCUGGACGAGCUUGACCGAGAAGAAUUCUACAGACUGAAAAAGGUGUCGGGGAAGAAACAACGCGAUCAAGCCGCGGCGGACGCUGAGCUCCAGAAACAGAGGGAAGCUGGAAAAGGCAAGCCAGAACAGGAAGAAGAUGGUGCGCAGCCGCAGGAUGUACUAGGCGAGCACGAGGACGAGGAUGUUAUUUUCUGA